UGAAUCCGAUUUUACUUGAGCAGAAUAAAGAUCAACUCUUAGACUCAAACACACGUUUUCACGUUUCGGUCGGCUUCAGUUGCUUCACUCAGUAGUCAGUACACUUUCUCUCACCUUUACCCAGCCUCGGCUCACUCGAAUCCGGCGAAAUGUCGAUAGUUCCGAUCAGCGACCGAAGACGCAGAGGCGGCACCGGCGACAGCGAUGGCGACCCGUUCUCUCUGGAGGUGUGGGACGCCUUCGACAGCUUCAGAGACCACGUCUUCUCCUCCCUUGACACCUGGCGCCCCUUUACCGCCGACUUCCCUCUCCCCUUCCCCGACAGCUUCGGCGACUUCCUCCCCGGGCCCUUCUCGCCGGCGAGAACUAACAACCGGAUCGACUGGAAGGAGACGCGCGAUGCCCACGUGUUCAGGGGAUAUUUCCCGGGCCUGGGCAGGGACGACGUGGUGGUCGAGGUCAGAGCAGACAGGGUGCUGAAGAUCAGGGGCGGGAACUUCUCCACCACCUUCGAGCUGCCGGAGAACGCCAGGCUGGAGCUCGUUACGGCGGAUAUGGCAGGAGGGCAGCUGACGGUGACGAUCCCGAAGGAUGUGGAAGAGAGGAGGCCCAGCAAUGUCAGGGUCGUCGAGAUUGAGGAUUGAGAGUUGCUGUCUUUUAUCGCCAAUAUGGGCUCGAAGAAGCUUCUUACCGACCAUUAGCCCCGAAUGUAGACGAUGUUGGUGAUGGACUCCCUAGCACGGGAUAGGACUUAUGAGACGAACUUCUUGAUGAUUUGGAGCUAAUGGAGGUCGGGCGAAUGUCAAGUUGUGAUGAGGAAAUGAACUUCACGAGCUCAUUCAAUGCAUUUGAGGUGGAACCCCCUUCUUCAAUGCACAUCUCGAACUUUCUCUUCAGCUCGGCUGCCCUCUGCCUCAUGUCCUCUCCUUCCUUAUCGGCCAUUAAAGUUCUUAUGCGUCUCUCAAUCUCCUUCCUUCCAAGCUCAGGCUCAUAUAGGAAGCCUACCCCCCGAAACCUGGCUCAAUUACCUUCUGUGAACCUUCUGAUCGGCAAUAUAUGGGCGGCAAAUUAACAGAACCCCUUCGCUGAUGCUCCCGAUGGUUGAAUUGCACCCACCAUGGCUCCAAAAUCCUCCGACUGCUUUGUGUGCUAAAACUGCCUUCUGAGGGGCCCACUUCAUGAUACAUCCUCUGUCUCCGACUUCAUUGAGAAGCCCUUUUGGGAGACGCUCGGUCCACUCCGAACCCUGAGCUGAACCAGGGUGAACUGCCCACAAAAAUGGCUGCUUACUGUUAGCGAGCCCCUAUGCCAUCUCGGUGAAUUCUUCCUCAGUCACUGGGGCUAGACUUCCGAAACUGACAUAGAUGACAGAAUUAUGAGCUUGCUUAUCUAGCCACUCUAUACAACCUGCAUCCUCUGUUAGGAAGCUAGUGGAUGAGGCCGUGCUAAGCUUAUGCAGAGGGCCUAUUGGUAAGAACUGGAUUUGAAACUGUUGCUGGAGCUCCACUAAAGACUCUAGCUCUAGGAACUCUGUGGUUUUCCAAAUAAUCCCGGAGGAUGAUCCUAUUUUACGCGCUCGGAGCACAAGUGGGAGCAGAGCUUCUAGAUUUCUCAAAUUGGACACUGGCAGGUCUUUGAAUCUCAGGGGAUGAAGCUCCGGAAUGAGAUCCAUUACCGUGGAAUCUGUAAUUGAAGCACAACGAGCUUUAUCAUACAUAGAAUAAAGUACAAGAUGUGAUCGGCGAGAUAUUGAGCUCCUGUAACCUUUUAUGAACCUGGUGGUGGAAUGAGGCCAUCCUAUAGGGGUUGUGGAACUCCGAGCUAAGAGACCAUGUUGAUUGCGCUGCUUGUUUGGAGGAUUAGGCUUGGAAGUUUUAGCUGGGAGGCCAGUGAUUCUGCAAAGUACAUAAGGCGAUCAUAGAUUAUCACUAUAUCGUUGUCCCUUCCCUCCAUCAUCUUAGUAUAUCUUUGAGUGGAGCCUGUCAAUUCUCAUUUAAGGCCGAGAUUAGAUGUGCUACAUCGAUGUUGGAGGGGACUGCAGUACUGGUGAGACUGCCCUUCAGAGGGAGGAAGGUGAACUCAGGAUGGUCUGAUGGAUGUGGGAAGUUCGUCUGUGGGUGAGCAACGAGGAUGGAGAAGCCUUUUGCGUGGAGGACAGAAGCCAGUUGAAUCAUCGGGUUCACGUCCCCUUGGAACGGGAGGGGGACCAUCACCACCUGACGAAGGUGUUGUCUCUGCUCCUCUAUUCCUCUCCCUCCCCCCUCGAAACAUGUACAUCUGGGAUGCGAUGUAAUCAUGCAGUCCCUAGAUGUUUUCGAUUUUGAUUACCCUACCCUAGUCUGGCAUCAUUGGUCACCAAAGACGUAGAAAACCAAAUGAACUUUGGUUAGUCAUCUUUAUUUAUAUUGUCUACGUAUAUAAUAUUGUAAGUGACAAAAGUGUAUCCAAGGAGCAUUGUCUCAUCCUUUUGCCUUUGUCUCAGUGGCUUUAUUCGACUCACUUUGCUAAAUUUGAACAUUACAAGUGAGACGAGAUUUCAAUCCGAUAAACUGAUUAUGCCGUUAAAAUGAAUAUAUGUACUCUAUAAGCGGGUAUUCAGA